AUCAGCUUUAGUAAUAUUAUUGUUUAUAAGACUAAACGUGCACAUUUUUCUCUCUAGCGGAUAGCUACUAACUUGAUAGAGAGGUGGUACUAAUGUCUGUUUAAUGCGGUUCAGCCCAGUUGGGAAAUUAAAAUGUAAUUAAUUACUUUAUAACAGGCAGGUCGACGUUAGCGGUUAGCUUUAUUAGCCAUUGAUUGCCCGGUGAGCACAAAGGCCGUGCACUUCGCCUCGCUUUUUAACAAUGUAUCCUUCCUGGGGAAAUUACGGUGCACCCCCGUCGCAAAACUAUGGAGGGUCUGGGCCCCGUAAGCAGCUGCCUGGCGGUCACACCGGCCAACCGGCACCAGGGUUUGGUGGCUUCGAGGCCUCAUCCGGCGGCUCCCUGAUCUCCAGCCUGCAGGAGCAGCACAUCCAGCAGAUGCAGCAGCUACAAAUGCUCCACCAGAAACAGCUACAGUCCGUGUUACAUCACAGCAACGCCGCUAGUGGGUACGGUGGUGGACACUCAGCUGGAUAUCCAGGGUCAGCGUGGCAGUCAGAGGGAUCAGGACAUUUAGACGGCGGUGUCGGAGCUCAGUCAUAUUACAAACCAUCAGAAGACCCUGCCCCUCAGCCGGCUAGAGGUGCCCCAGGUCCUCAAGAUCAUCCGCAGCCUCCUCCGCCGCCACCACAACCGCACCCCAAGGAGCCACAGCCGAUUCCUCCUCCUCCGGAUCCCCCUUCAUCCAAGCCGCCAGAGAACAGCGCUGCUCCCAAAGAGCCCAAUAAGAAGGACUCAUCCACGACAGAAGACGACAAAGCCUUACCAUUGCAGGAGCAACAGCAACUUUGGUACAAGCAACAUCUACAGAAUUUGCAGAAGUUAAAGCAGGAGAAGGCCAAACAGAAUCUAAAAGAUGGUGAUGGUCUUACUCCACCACCGCCCAAGGGCCAAACCGUUCCUCCUCUUCCCCCAUCGGAACCACCAAAAAAUACACCACCUCCACCCCCUCCAAAAGAGGAGCCGCCAGCACCACCUCCACCACCCACAGAGCCUGACAGUGUGCAAGACCCAGAGGAAGCUGCCCGCCUCCAGCAGUUACAAGCUGCAGCAGCACAGUGGCAGCAGGUGCAGCAGCAGAGAGCAAGUAUACAAUACCAGGCGCUCAUGCAACAGCACGAAAAGCUUCAGCAGAUCUUGGAAAAGUACCAACAGCUCAUUCAGCAACCUCCAAACCUACAGACAAUGUCUGUUGAAAUGCAGCUGAGGCACUAUGAAAUGCAGCAGCAGCAGUUCACUCCUUUAUUCCAAGACUGGGAGCGUUCCUUCAUCCUGUGGUUUGAGCAGUUCCGGACAUAUCCCCACAAAGACCAGCUGCAGGAAUAUGAGCACCAAUGGAAGCAGUGGCAGGAGCAGAUGAAUGCCACUAAUGCACAUCUUCAAGAACGCCUGGCCACUCUUACUGCCAUGGUGCCGUAUGCCUCAAACCAGUUUAAAAGUGGGAUGGGUUUGGGACAGUAUGGCCAGUACCCUGGACAAGACGUGCAACUGCAGCAGCAGUCAGUAAAUCCGGGUAUGCAGCAUUCCCCUGCUGCUGUUGGUCCCAGAUCCCAAGGUCCACCACCCGCUGGCUUUGGGCCUCAUUCAGAAACACCUGCUGGACUCCCAGUGAGAGGACCUGGGUCUGCUGGCAUAGGUGUCAGACCCCCAGGUCCCCCUCCUGUUCAGCCACCAAGCUUCAACAAUGUCAGAGGUCCCCGAGGAAAUAACCCAAGAUUUGACCAGCCACAAAAAGGUUUUGAUGGUCCACCAAGAUUUGACCAGCCACAACAGCGCUUUGAUAGUCCUCCCAGGUUUGACCAACCACCGCAGCGCUUCGAUGGCCCCCUUCGAUUUGAUCAACCAAGACACCGCUUUGAUGGUCCCCCCAAAUUUGACCAACCAAGACACCGCUUUGAUGGUCCCCCCAAAUUUGACCAACCACGGCAGCGCUUUGAUGGUCCCCCCAGAUUUGACCCACCACAAUUUGAUCAGACUCUAAGAGGAAACCAACCUCGAUUUGGGCAGCAGCCUAGGUUUGAACAGCCCCCAAGGCACCCUGGCCCUCCACCUCAUUUUGAACGCCCACCUGUGCCCCAGCAAAAACAACAGCAAGGUCCCCAACUGAAGGCAGAACCAGUCACUAAUCAACAUGCCAACAUCGAUUCCAGGGUUCCAGGAAAACCAGCUGGGCAGCCAGAAAAAACGGAAUCAGAAUCAGGUGAUAAGGCCAAUGCUGAAGACAUGACAGAUGACAACGUGCUCGGAGCUGAUGGCUUUUUUGUUCAAAGUGACCCCAUUCCACAAACAUUGAAAACAAACACAAACUCGGAGGAAUCAGAUGCUAAAAAUGCUUCUGAGAAUAGUACUAAACCCAACGACAAACCGUCCCUUACUGCACCUUCACUUUCUCUUGUGGCAUCAAAAAAUGCUGCUGCACAAAAUUCUCUCAAACCAGAGGGGCUAUUGACAAAUACCAACAAACCUCCAGUGGUUCCAAAUCCCCCUCAAAUCCAAAAGGAGCCGCAAGCUCCUGGACAAAUGCAACCAAGACCAGAGCUUCCAAGGCCCCCACCUGGUAGGGGACGAGGACAGCCCAUGGUACCUGUCCAAGUACGAGGACGUGGGCAGAGGGGGCGUGGGGAUUUUAGGAAACCAAACACUGGGCCGCAAGGGGAGGACAUGGGUGAAAUGCCAUAUGACUACAUGCCAUCUGAAGAGAACUUGAGGAUGCCAGAAGAGCAGGAAGAAUAUCCCUGGCAAGAUCCUUCAUAUGAGGAGUUUGGUGAGGAUUCUCAGGUGCCCCCUGAAGAAAUGUGGAUGCCAGAGAAUCACCACUUCCCAACAGAGGAAGACUACUAUGAAGAGCCGGUAGGAGGACUCCCUAUGGGCAGAGGAGGACACCCAAUGAUGAGAGGAGGGCCUCCUAGGGGACGAGGAGGUCCACCUAUGGGUAGAGGUGGGCCACCUUUGGGCAGAGGAGGUCCACCUAUGGGUAGAGGGGGAUUGCCUUUGGGCAGAGGAGGUCCACCUAUGGGUCGAGGUGGUCCCCCUAUGGGGAGAGGAGGCCCACCCAUGGGAAGGGGGGGCCCACCAAUGGGAAGAGGAGGACCACCCAUGGGAAGGGGAUGCCCACCUAUGGGAAGAGGAGAACCAAUGGACAGGCACUGGGAAGAACCUGAGUCAGCGGAGUACUCAGAGGAAGGAGACCCUUAUUGGGGAGACAGAAGACCUCCAAUGAGAGGCAUGAGACCCCCAUUUCCACCUGGCCGGGGGCGUCCACCACGCGGUCAUCCUGGUUUCAUGCACCCAGGACGAGGACGCCCCCCUCACCCAGUGCAUGGACCGAUGGAUCACGAGUCAUUAGGCCAUGGAAUGGACACUGAUGGUUCUGAAAUGGAUCCAGAGGGGCACCCCAUGUACCAUGGACAUGACCCACCAAUGCAUCCAAUGCAUCCUGAUGUAGGAAGAGGCAGGCAUCAUGUUCCUCCACCACCUCAUGAAAUGAUGGAUCCUUUGGGGGAGCCAUUGUAUGAUGAAACAACGGAGAGAGAAUUAGGGUGGCAGCCGCCCCAUGGCAGAGGUCCUCCUAGGCCUCCACAUGAGAUAAUAGAAAGGGGAGGAAUGAGGAGGGCACCUAUGGGUCGAGGAAUGGCUAGAGGCAUGUGGAGGCCAGGUCCAGCACAUGAAGGAUUUGAAGAGGAAUAUAAUGAGCGUUACGUUGAGGAUUAUGAUCAUGGGGAUGAUGGUUAUCGGUGGCGGCCACCGCGGGACUGUCCUCCUGAUGACUAUCGACAUGAUGCCAAGUACUACGAGUCCGAAUGGGAUAGAGAGCGUGCUCCUCCUGAAAGGGACUAUCCCACUCGCAUGCCACCACCAGAGCCCUACAGAGAUGGUCGUUGGUUAGAUGAAAGAGAAAGCGGUCACCCAUAUCCAUAUGAUGAGCGUGAAAGAGGAAGAGGAGAACUUAGAGUCCGUGAGUACAAGGAUGAGCCACCAUAUCGACAGGAAGAAUCGCCAUACCCACCACCAGGCCCUACAGAAUGGGAUAGGCAUUCAAGACUUUCUCCACCAACAGAAAGAGGGUAUCCUCCUGACUAUCAGGACCGCAGACCCCGCUAUGAGGACCGCAGGGAAGAGCCUCCUUUGGAUAUGCAUCCACCCCAUGCUGCACCUGGUACAAAAUUGCCAGAAAGCUCAGUUGAUCCAGCCACACAAGAAGCAAGUGGAGCUAAUGUGCUUGCCCUCUCCCAACGUCAGCAUGAAAUCAUCUUGAAAGCUGCUCAAGAGCUCAAACUGAUUAGGGAAAUGCAAGAGGGGAAGACCCCUGGUACUGAUCCUCAGCCUGCACCAGCUGACAUCUUACCUGAGCUUCCUGCUGGUCUCCUUGGUUUGGAGAUACCACCAGAUGUCAGAAAUGUUCUGAAGGGCAUGACUGCAGCUGCACAGACAGCUCCAGCUGAAACACUGUCUUGGGAUACUAAACCAGCUACCACAGAUUACCAAUCCUCCCUCACUGUGGCACCCAUUCCUUCAGUGAUUCCAAAGACUGUGGACUAUGGGCAUGGACAUGAGCCUGGUGCCACUGUUGAGCGGAUCUCUUAUGGUGAGAGAAUUGUGUUAAGGCCUGACCCGAUACCAUCAGACAGGGGCUAUGAAAAAGAACCUCUUGGUCCCAGAGAUCCUUAUUGCAGAGACUCAUACUAUGAGAGACGACCAUCAGACCCUUACAUGGACCGCCGGGAGUACAGCAGAGAUAGGGAGUUAUACAGAGAAAAGCCUGAAUAUGAACGAGAGAGAUAUGAGAGGGAACGUUACCCACCAAGAGACAGAGAUGACAGAUCCCCACUGGCACCUUCUCUACGCUCAGGAUACAGGGAAAGAGAACGGGAUCUUCGAGAGAAGGAACGAAGUGGCAGUCGUGAUAGAGAUGACUACUAUGGAAGGCCUGGCUACGAUAGACCUCCAUACGAGCGCACUGGACUCGACCGUGGUGGGCCUGAGCGUUAUGGCCAUAGCUCCUCACCUUACAUUGACAGAAGAAGUUAUCCAGAGGACAGAGGGCCACCUGCUGCACCACCUCUUCCGCCUCCACCUCAGCCACCCCCACGAGUUGAGAAGAAGCCAGAAAUUAAGAACAUUGAUGAUAUCCUCAAACCACCUGGCAGAUUAACUCGGCCUGAAAGGAUUGUCAUCAUAAUGAGAGGGCUUCCGGGGAGCGGAAAGAGCCAUGUUGCAAAGCUUAUACGGGAUAAGGAAGUGGACUGUGGCGGUGCCCCACCAAGAGUUCUUGUUUUGGACGACUAUUAUAUGACAGAGGUUGAGAAAGUUGAGAAAGAUCCAGACACAGGGAAGAGGGUCAAAACCAAGGUCCUCGAGUAUGAGUAUGAGCCAGAGAUGGAGGAUACAUACCGAAGCAGCAUGCUUAAAACAUUUAAGAAAACUCUGGAUGACGGCUUUUUCCCCUUCAUCAUUUUAGACACCAUUAAUGACAGGGUUAAACAUUUUGAUCAGUUCUGGAGCGCAGCCAAAACGAAGGGCUUUGAGGUGUAUCUUGCUGAAAUCACUGCGGACACUCAGACUUGUGCAAAGAGAAAUGUCCACGGGCGGACACUAAAAGACAUACUGAAGAUGUACAACAACUGGGAGCCCUCCCCACGUCAUAUGGUGCGCUUGGAUGUCCGGUCCCUGCUACAGGAUGCUGCUAUAGAAGAGGUGGAAAUGGAAGACUUCAAUCCUGAUGACGAGCCCAAAGAACCCAAGAGAGAAGAGGAAGAAGAGGGUGAUCUGGGCUACAUUCCAAAAAGCAAAUGGGAGAUGGACACAUCUGAGGCAAAGCUUGACAAGCUGGAUGGUCUGGGGAGCAGCGGGAAGAGGAAACGAGAAGACAUGGCAGGACUGGAGGACUACCUUCAGCUGCCAGAUGACUAUGCUACACGCAUGUCCCAACCAGGAAAGAAAAGGGUUCGAUGGGCUGAUCUUGAAGAGCAGAAAGACGCAGAUCGAAAGCGUGCUAUCGGCUUUGUCGUGGGUCAAACGGACUGGGAGAGAAUAACGGAUGAGAGUGGGCAACUGGCACAGAAAGCUCUCAACCGUACAAAGUAUUUCUAAGAAGAUAAUCUUAACCCUCUCUUUUUUCCUUCAUGGAAAGGUGUCCAGAAUGUGAAAACACUGAAGCUUACUUGCGGUUAAACAUGAGACUCAUCGAGGUGAUAUCAUCAAUAGUUAUCAAAUUGUUAGUUCUUUCAUCAAAAAGCAUACAAUAUAUUUUUAUUAUAAUUAUUAUUAUUAGUUUAAAACACACUGAUAGUUGCCAGUAAAUCUGUAGGCUAUGAUUCAGUGUUUCUUCUGGUCAUGUAUUAUGUAUUCAGUCAUGUGUUUUUGCUGUUUUAUACUCUUCAUGCUUUAUGUACUGUACAACAAU